AAAAGAAAAGAAAAAGGGUUAUAUAAUGUCAAAUUUGUAUGAAUGUGAGAGUCUGAAAGCAAGUGGGUUUUAGUGUUCUCUUCCUUGCGCACCCUACCAAAAACUGCAACACGAGCAUGGUUGGAGAAUGAAAGCUCUCAAUCGGCACCUUCAACUCCUAGUCGUUCCAUCGAAAUCAAACAUAUUUCUCGGUUUCCAAACACUCUCAGUCUCAUUUCUAUCAUCUUCUGCACAACAAUCAACCAAUCAAAUUCUAACCCAAGAAGAGCUCACCAAGAUCAACCUCCUCAUCCCACGACUCUGCCUCACCAACCAACUCCCCACGGCAAUCCACCUCACCAAUACAGCCCUCCUCACUAACCCACCUCUCAAAUCCAUCUCUCUUUCUAUUCUCGUCGAUUCUCUUGCUUCCCAGCCGGAUAUGGCCCGACCCAUGUCCCUUCUCACCCGCCUCAGGCACAGCCCUGUGUCGCACCACUACCUGAUGCCCAUCAACACCAUGCUCAUUGCUUCGUAUUUCAAAAAGGGUAAGCCCAAAGAGGCGCUCAAAUUAUUCAACUGGAUUGUCAGGCCAGGCUCACCUUGCGUGCUUGAUGGGAAGGUUUGUGGGAUUUUGGUUAAUGGGUUUUGCUGGAACAGGAUGGUUCUUGAGGCUUUGAAGGUUGUGAGGGCCAUGGUGGCUGCGAAUGUUUUUCCGGGUGGCGAUUUGAAGAAGAGGAUUUAUAGGGGUUUGUUGUGGGAGGCAAGGAUUAGGGAGGCAAUGGAGUUGUAUGAGGCUCUGGGAUGUCUUGGAGAUGGUGAAGGUGAUGAAGGUGCGAGGAAGGUUUUGGCACUGCUGGAUCACAUGAUUGCCAAUUGGAAAGAAUAGAAGAGGGACCUAUCAAAAUGUUCUUCUGAGGGAUCAAGCAGCAUUUCUUGAGCAUUGUUGUCCCCUAACAAGUAUAAUGGGAUAAAGCUUCUGGCCGAGGUGGUUUAUUUGGUAUUGUUGUUGUAUGUCUCAUGGCCGAAGACUUCAGGAGCUGAUAUUAUGGUCCUUAUGCUCAAUCUUGGCCUGUGGUUAUCUUUCCCAACCUGUUAGUAGGAAAUGCCUGAGCAUCUUGAAUACAAAAUGAUCUUCUAGAGCACGAAGGCAAAUGAUGCUCAGUUCAUUUUGUGCUAUAUGAUAUUGGGAAGGAGUAAAACCGAGGAGAAUGUUUGUAUUCUGUCCCCUUUAAGGAUCACUGUUUUAUCCAACUUGAAAUAUAGUAAAAUAGUUUCCAAUGUACCAUAGGCAUUGCAACAAUUUCUGCAUGCCUGUAAUUAACAAGAAAAUUUGAGAAGGGCUGGAUUUUGUUUGGGUUGGCA